CGCUCGUGUGUGUGCAUCGCUGUUUUGCUCAAAUUAUUUUGCACAUUUCCACCGGUAGCUGCGGAAUCACUCUUCGGAUUAGAAGCCCCAGUUGAGAGUUGUUUUGACCGGCAAGCGGAAGUGUGUGCGGUGCCGUCUUCAAGCAUGAAUCUUUAUCACAUGGAACUGUCGCCUCCGUGCCAGUCGGUGCGGCUUCUGGCCAAAACGUUGAAUGUGCCGCUCAACCUGAUCCAGCUGGACCUGUUUAAGGACGAGCACCUGACGCCGGAAUUCUUGAAGAUUAAUCCCCAGCACAUGGUUCCGACUCUGGUGGACGGCGACUUUACGCUGUGGGAGUCCCGCGCCAUCAUGACCUAUCUGUACGAGAAGUAUGCCGCGGAUGACGCGCUUUACCCGCGGGAUCCGCAAAAGAGAGCCCUUAUCAACCAGCGGCUCUACUUCGACAUGGGAACGCUGUACGAGCGUUUCGGGCUGCACUACUACCCGCAAGCCUUCGAGGAAAAACCCGUCCCGGAGGGAACCUCGAAGCAGUUCGAGGAAGCGCUCCAGUUUCUGGACACGUUCCUCGGCCAGGCGACAUACGUUGCCGGCGAGGCGCUUUCGAUUGCAGAUUAUGCCAUUCUGACCUCGAUCACGACCUUCAAGGUGGCCGCCGGAGUUGAUUUGGCCAAGUACGGCAACAUUGAGCGCUGGUACGGGCUCGUGUCCAAGAGCGUGCCCGGUCACGAGGAAAUCUGCGUCCAGGGAUCCAAGGUGUUUGCGCCGUACUUUGUUGAUGUUAAGCACUAAAUGGCUUGAAAAUAAAUUGAAGCAUUUCACAAGGUUUUGAUUCA